AUGCCCGCUAUUCAGAACCUCCACUCUUUCGACCCCUUUGCUGAUGCAAGUAAGGGUGAUGAUCUGCUUCCUGCUGGCACUGAGGAUUAUAUCCAUAUAAGAAUUCAACAGAGAAAUGGCAGGAAAACCCUUACUACUGGCCAAGGGCUUGCUGAUGAUUACGAUAAAAAGAAACUAGUGAAGGCGUUUAAGAAGAAAUUUGCCUGCAAUGGUACUGUAAUUGAGCAUCCAGAAUAUGGAGAAGUAAUUCAGCUACAGAGUGACCAGUGCAAGAACAUAUGCCAGUUCCUUUUAGAGAUUGGACUGGCUAAGGAUGACCAGCUGAAGACUCAUGGGUUUUAAGUGCUUUUGGCUCACUGAAGCUUAAGUGAGGAUUUCCUUGCAAUGAGUAGAAUUUCCCUUCUGUCACUUGUCACAAGUUUAAAAACCUCACAGCUUGUAUAAUGUAACCAUUUGGGGUCUGCUUUUAACUUGGACUAGUGUAACUCCUUCAUGCAAAAAACUGAAAAGAGCCAU